CAGUACGCUACGCGGCAUCAUCUACCCUGCGCACGAGUCGCCGGUGGUCAUUUAAAUGAUUUUUCUCAUUUCCUGUGGUCAUCUUUUUGUGUCGCUCAAAUAAUUUACCACUUAAAAAUUAAUUAUUUAAUUCAGUGGAAAUUUUUGAAAGCUGUUUCCUAAGGAUUGAGCAUAAGGCGAUGCAAGAGAAUAAGCAUACCGUGACAGUUAUCGAUAAAGGUGUCUAUCUCGUACACCAGGAGGAAGAGAAAAUAUCGGCACAACCUACGCCUGUAAUUAACAUCGAUAAACUUCCCAAAAAAGAUGGAUUCGCUGAAAAGAAAUCAUGGAUCUCAUCAAAAACACCAACAAUUUUUCAUUAUAUCACAUUAAUUAUAUUAGGAGCACUAACGUGGGGAUAUCUUUGGUAUACAUGGGGCGACAACUGGGCAGUGAACGGGCAAUGGUUUCGACUGGCAAUCGUGGCAAUCAUAGCUUGGGUCAGCGGUCUAAUCCUACAAGAGCUGACAACACUACCUCCGGUACUCGCUGCUUUACUCACGGGUAUUCUCGCCCGCCAUCUUGGAUUUAUUGACAUGCGAACGUUCCCACAUAUUGAUACAUUCUUAAGGAGAAUAUACCCAGUUAUUAUUCUGGGCAAGGGAUCUCUGGCUUGGGAUGUUCAAUUCAUGAAACAAAAUUGGAGGCAAAUAUUAGCCUUGGGAGCUUUACCUUGGAGCACAGAAGUUGUACUAGUGGCAGCGUGUACACAUUUCCUUCUCGAUUUACCUUGGAUUUGGGGAUUUCUUUUGGGUUCUAUAUAUGCAUCCGUAUCGUGUCCUGUGGUGAUGCCUUCAGUAUUGAAACACGGAAAGAAUGCGGGUGGAAAAGUGAACUGGCCCCAGCUUAUAUGCACUGCAGGCGGUAUAGACACAGCCUUGAGCGUUGGCACGUUUGGCUUGAUUUUUAGUUAUAUAUUUUAUGAAACUCACGAAAGUUAUCGUUUAGCAAAAGCAAUAUUAGCACUACCUGUAGGGGUAGCCUUAGGCGUUGCGUUUGGGAGCCUGGCGAAGUACGUGCCAAAUUCAAAGGAUACCUAUGUUACUGAGCUGAGAGUUUUAUUCGUUCUCGCCGGAGGACUUUUUGGCAACGUUUUCACCGCUUCUAUUGGAUGGGGCGGGACUGGUGGUGUAGCUGUAUUGGCAUGUAACGCAACGGCAGCGACACACUGGUCGAAGAAAGGAUGGAAGCUGAACCAGAAUCCGGCCGCUACUGUGUAUCGAGUGCUGUGGUCAGCUUGCGAGCCAGUUUUGUUUGCGUACACCGGAACAUUCUUCGUGGUACACAGUUCAAUAUCCGACACAAUGCUUAUUGGACUAGGCAUCCUGCUUGUAUGUUUAACGGUUAGACUGGUUGUUGCGUCAUUGGCCUGCUGGAAUCUCACUCUGAAACAGAAGAUCUUUGUAUGUUGCGCGUGGACACCUAAAACCAUUGUCGAGGCAGUGUUAUGUCCAACAGCAAUCAGCGCUGUAUUAAUGUCUGGUGGUCACGAAAGCCCAGACUUAGUUUAUGCUGAAGAGUUGAUGAGAUUGAUUGUACAAGCUAUACUCGUCACCACGCCUAUCGGCUUCCUCCUCACGAACAAUUUGGGCCCAAUGCUUCUUAAUAAUACACAAACUGACUGUGAGAAUAAUAAAUUUACACCAAGAAAAUCUAGCGCAUCACCUGAAAACAGCAGGUUAUGAGAAAAAUCAAAUCAAUGACCAUUAAAAAUCAAUAUUUACCAUUAUAUUUGAUAACGGAAAAGGAUGUACUCGAAUCUUUCGAAAUGGAAGAACGUUUGUAUCGUUCCGUGAUUUUGGUUGAAUAAUUUCUAACUAACGAGAAUUAGUUAAUGUUAAUUAAAUUAGAUCAAAAUAUUACUACUACGCCAGGAGUUAUGACAGCGAGUGGUUUUUUUUUCAUGAAAGUUUCAACCAAUAACUACUACCAAAUUACUCAACAUCUGCGUAUCUGUAUAUCAAAGAGAUAUCGGUAUAAGUUUAUAUUUUAUUUAGUACUCUGAUAUGACUCUUAUUGAUAUAGGAAUAUAUUUCAUAAGGAGAUGUUACUAAGUAAAAUCUUCAUUCCAGUAAAGUUGCAAAGUAUACAGUUAGACACUACUCCAUGAGAGUCGUUCUAAGGGCUUGAUAAUAGGAAUUAGAAUCAAGGACAGUAUCGUUGGAAUUGAAUUAAGCAAUAAAUCGUAUCAUAGGCAUAAAUGGUUUUGUGAAUGAGUUUUAAGUACUUAAUUACGUUUUAAAAUAAAACACCGCUGAGAUUUUAAAAUUAUUCCUAAAUCAAGUAGGUAAACUACGAAUCUUUUUUUGGAUGAAAUGACUGCCCACGUGACUGAUCUCCAGCCUGACUUUUGAGUUCUUACUUAAAAAUGCUUCAGUAGAAUGAUGUGUUUUCUAAUCAGAUUAAUAUUUUAAUUUCAUUUUAAUAUUAUACAUUUCCGCGGGUCGGAUGCAAAUUAUUCAAUAGAAAAAAUGGAGGAAAUAAUCGAUGUUAAAAAGUACCUAGUUUAUUUUUCAAAAACAAUAAGAUAUUGUAAUAAAUAUUCAGAGCACUCAACUAAGUCUAGUCUAGUCGUAAUAAAGUUUCAACAUUAGCAAAAAAAAAGCUAUUAAAAUAGCUAAAAUUAUUAGAUUACAAAUUUAAUAUUGAAUUUGACACUACACUUCUUAUUUUUAAAUAUUAUAAUAAAAUAAAUAAACGUAUGUAAUAAUUGUGUAAAUAGAUUAUUUUCGAAGUCUUAAUUUCUUAUUUUAACAAACAUCAUGUUUUACGUUUGACAAUAUUGUAUUUGGAAAUACCUACAAAAAAAAUGUUUGUCAAUAAUCCAGACUGCGAAAAAUUAGUUAUUUUAUAAUACAUAAUAACAGUUAAGAGUAAACGUACAAAAUAAACCACAAGAAUUUCAAAUACAACUUAGCGCUAUAAUAUCUUGAAUAAACAAGUUCGGAGUUAUUUAUAUAUUAAUAAAAUUUUGCAUAUAUAUUAAUAAUGUAAGUAAUAAACCAACACAGUAUGUAAAUACAUAAUCUCUUAAAGAUAAGAGAUUCCUAAAAACAUGAUAUGAGAGUCUCUUUUUCAUUGGCAAGACAAAAAAAAUUGUUAAUUACAAUAUUUGUUUAUAAUUUAAAAGAAAUUUACUUCCUCGUUCCUGUAAAAUUAUUUGAUAUAAAUAAAAAAUAAAAUCAAAAUAUAGUAGGCCCUAGCGCAUUCGAAUCGUUAUUUUACAAUAUUAAUAAUUCGGAACACGGAUUCCAUUGAGAAGAACCUGCAAGGAACUCAGUUUUUCACAAUAAAUCCUCAUGGGUAACUAGACUAUCUGAAAAAUACUUUAUAUUACCAAGGAAAGAAGCAAUUAUACUAAUUUUAUGAAAUUAUGCCUAGUAUUGUUGCUGCGGUUGUUUUUUACAAACAUAUAAGUAACACAUCAUGUUACUUAUGCGUUAAAAUAGCAACAGUAUUAUGUAACGUAGAAGCUGAUUUUGUAGAUGUAAGAUUAAAUAUGAAAUGUUAAACAUACUACAAAUAGAAAUGUAAAUGAACAAACGAAUCCUACCCGUUAUUAAUAUAGAUAAUUAUAAUCUUCCUUAACCUCGUGAUUUCGCACUUAAAAUAUAUAUGUUUAUAUUUGAUUAUGUAUAAUUAAAAAUGUGUAAUUAUACUACGUUAGUUUUUUUUAAGCAUAUUACUACUUAAAAAUCGAUGUAUUUAGAAAAAAAAUAUUAGACGUAUUUACUAAAUUACUUUAAUAAUAAUUAUUAUUAUUAAUAAAGUGUAAAUAUUUUGUACUAUAGUAUUUAAUCUAGAACUGUGAUGUACAAAUAACUAGAUCUAUAAAAUGUGAUACCAUAAAGAUUCUAUACUUUAAUCAAAGUGUUGGUGACGAAAUAUGUUUGAUUAAUAUUUCUUGCUCAAUUACAAUUAACUAUUGACUUACAUAUGAAUUAAAAUGUAUUCAAAUAAAAUAGGAAGAAAUUGUAUAAAACUUUCAAAAGAGAUACAGAAAAAAAUAACGUUGUAAAUAAAUAAAUAGCCCUUCUUUAAUUACUUAAAAUGUAGGGAAACCAAAUUGAAAACCAAAUUGAUUUUUAAUGAUAAGAGUAUAAAUGCUGUUCGCAAUGAAUGUUGAUGUUUAUUAAACUUGUUGUAUAAUA